GCGAUGCCAGUGUAAAUGCCAGGGCGAUGUCCCGACGCAAGCAGGGGAACCCGCAGCACCUGUCCCAGAGAGAAAUCACAGCCGAGGUUGAGCAUCACGAUGGAGGCCUGCUCUCGGACUGCCUCCCCCCUCACCCUCUCAUGCUCCCACCUCACCCGUUGGAUCCCAGUCUGGGCCACGCCCUCCCCCCCGGCCUGCACGCCGACCACGACCUGCUGACAUGCGGCCAGUGUCAGCUGAGCCUGCCGCUGGGCGACAUCCUCCUCUUCAUCGAGCACAAGAAGAAGCAGUGCACGUCGCCGCUGCUGCCCAACGGCUGCUACGACAAGAUGAACGAGCGAGGAGGAGGGAGCCCCGCCCACCACAUGAUCCAUCACCACGCUCAGAGGGCGGAGCUUAGGAAGGUAGUGCAGCCCGUGGAGAUCGGCAUCCAGGUGACACCUGAGGAGGAGGAGGAGGAAGGUGGAAGACGAGGACGAGGACGAGAGGGAGGGGAAAGGAGAGAGAGGACGCCCAUCAAAGGAAUCUGCCCCAAACAGGAAAACCACACACUGACAGGCGGCAGGAAUGAGCCUUCCAGCUACACCUGCACCACCUGCAAGCAGCCGUUCCCGAGUGCCUGGUUCCUGCUGCAGCACGUUCAGAACACCCACGGCAUCAGGAUCUACCUGGAGUCCAACCCCUCCAGCGCCGCCCUCACACCCCGCAUCUCCAUGCCUCCCCCCAUGGGCAACGACUCCAUCCCGCAGUCCCCCCUCACCAACUUCCUGGGAGACAACAACCCCUUCCACCUCCUGAGGAUGACGGGCCCUCUGCUCCGGGAGCCACCCCCAGGCUUUGUGGAGAACCGCCUCCCCAACACGCCUCCGUUCAUUAGUCCGCCUCCCCGCCACCACCUGGAUCCCCACAGACUGGAACGCCUGAGUGCAGAGGAAAUGGGCUUGAUCUCCCAGCACCCCAGUGCCUUUGAGCGGGUGAUGCGUCUGACGCCCAUGGCCAUGGAGUCCCAGUCUAUGGACUUCUCUCGGAGGCUCCGAGAGCUGGCAGGGAACAACAACAGCACCACGCCCCCCCUGUCACCCAGCAGGGCCAACCCUAUGCAUCGACUACUAAACCCCAACCCCUUCCAACCGGGGCCAAAAUCACCUUUUCUGAGCACGCCCCCCCUACCGCCAAUGCCCCCAAACAGCACCACCCCUCCCCAGAACCAGAACAAGGUCAAGUCCUGUGAGUUCUGUGGAAAGACCUUCAAGUUUCAAAGCAACCUGGUGGUCCACCGUCGCAGCCAUACAGGAGAAAAACCAUACAAGUGCCAGCUGUGUGACCACGCCUGCUCUCAGGCCAGCAAGCUGAAGAGACACAUGAAGACCCACAUGCACAAAGCUGGAUCUUUGACGGGACGCUCAGACGAUGGACUAUCCACCACCAGCUCUCCAGAGCCGGGCACCAGCGAUGUCACAGGGGAGGGCAUGAAGAACCGUGAUGGGGACUUCCAGGGGGAAGGCAAUGAGGAGGAAGAGGAGGAGGAGGAGGAAGAAGAGUUGGAGAACGAGAGUAGACCAGAAUCAAACUUCAGCAUGGAGUCUGAGUUCUACAGGAACCGGGAGAACGGCUCCAAACCGCCCUCAGACGACAAAUCCUCUUUCUCCUUAGACAAGAUGGUGGACAAUGGAGGACUCAACUCCAUACAGCAGUACAAUAACCUGAUCGUUGACAAUCGUAAAAGGAUGCCCUUCUCCAAGAGGUGCUCCGACAUCCCGCGGGACACUGGGGACGAGGACUUGGUGGCUGGGGAGAUGGACCACCAGCGGGAAGAGAGGACAACCAUUAACGGCCGGAACUGUGGGUCCGGUGACUCUUUCUCAGGCCUAUUCCCCCGUAAGCCCACCCCCAUCACCAGCCCCAGCCUGUCCAACUCCUCCAAUAAGAGGAUCAAGAUUGAGAAGGACUUGGACAUCCCACAGGCCCCCCACAUCCCCUCUGAGAACGUCUACUCCCAGUGGUUGGUGGGCUACGCCGCCUCGCGCCACUUCAUCAAAGACCCUUUCCUUGGCUUCACUGACUCCAGACAAUCGCCCUUUGCCACUUCUUCCGAGCACUCGUCCGAGAACGGCAGCCUACGGUUCUCCACACCUCCGGGUGACCUCCUGGAUGGCGGCCUCUCGGGCAGAAGUGGCACCGCCAGCGGGGGCAGCACGCCUCACCUGAGCGGAGGUUCCGGCCGACCCGGCUCCAAGGACAGCAGGAGGUGUGACACGUGUGAGUAUUGUGGCAAGGUGUUCAAGAACUGUAGCAACCUGACAGUGCACCGGCGCAGCCACACCGGAGAGCGCCCCUACAAGUGCGAGCUGUGCAACUACGCCUGCGCCCAGAGCUCAAAGCUCACGCGCCACAUGAAGACACAUGGGCAGAUGGGGAAAGAGGUGUACCGCUGUGACAUUUGUCAAAUGCCCUUCAGCGUGUACAGCACUCUGGAGAAACACAUGAAAAAGUGGCACGGAGAACAUUUGAUGACCAACGAGGUCAAAAUCGAACAAGCAGAGAGAACCUCAGACUCCACACACUGACUAAAAAAUGAACAACACGGGGUAGCUGGAUACUCUUUUUUCUGAAACGUUCAUUUCUUUUUUCAUUUGUGUUUUUAAAAAAAACUGCCAACUGAGAACAAAAAAAGUGGAAACACCAUCCGAACGCCGAGUGAAGCUGUCUUACUGCCUCAUUUGGAGCUCUUUUUAAACAAUCAGUCAGUUGAGUUGAACAUGUGUGGAGCCUUUAACUGUGCAAUAAUUUCUGUAUUUAUUGGAUUUUGUAUUUUGGCAUGUGCAGGUACAUUUUUAUUUUAAGGCAUUUUUAAAAAAGAAAGUUCUUUCAUUUUGAUUUUGCAUUACUCUAUUUUUUAAAAAACCCACACGAUAUCCUGAGAGUUUUGUAGAAGACAAACGUCCAUUUGAAGUCUUGAAUCUUUUUUUUUUUUGGCCGCUGCUUGUAGGAAAUGUACAGUAAGCUAAACGUGUGACUUGUUGAAGAGAAGCUGAGUUCAAUCUUCAGUCUGACGGUGGCGUUAACUGAGAAUGAUAGAAUUAGAUUUGUUUUUUGUGUGUGAUGACGAAACGCGGACAACAAUCCUUUGGCACUGUAGCAUGAACGAAUUUUUAAAACAUGUCAAUAUAAUUGGAUAUGUAGCACUGAGUGUCAGAUGUGACAGUAAAUGCGAAACAAAGAGGAUCCCAAGGUGCAUUAGCCCCGCCUCCUCCUGAAAACGUCACAACCAGCCUGAAAAACAAACAAACAUGUUCCACAUAAGGCAGCUGCUGCUGGUACAAAGUACCGCAUCCCAACAACGCUACCACACACACCCUCUACACAUCCAAACACACACACACACACUUAAACACUCUGCAUGAGGCCAUACAAUCAGGACCAGGGGGGUCAGUCCCAGCCCUGCAGGAGCUCUUCAGAGUUAGUCAAGGGCCACACCUGUAAACCUUGGACUUGUGAGACGUUUUGUCUCUGAUCUGCAGCAGCAACCCUUCUGUAAUAAAAAACACAGGAAGCUAAACAGACCGCUCUGCUUUGAUAACAUUCUGUUUGGUCUGAAGAUACCCCAGGUGUGGCUUUUUACCUGCUCCUGAGAAAUACACCUCCAGGGCUCUGACCCCCCCCCCCCCCCCCCCCCCCUCGAGGAACUGAAGUCAAACACCCCUCAUUUUGUUCAUUUUAUGGAUUUAAAGUCACAUUAGCAUGAAGCCAGAACAGACAUCUCAGGUCGAGCUUCUUUAUUUCCUCUUUCUCCUCCAGCGUUUACAUCUCCUCAUGUGUCGGAGUUUAUCAAAGGACAUGCACUCUUUUAUAAACAUGAAUCAGAAAAGGUUAAAUAUGAAACCACGUCUUCAGAUUUUUAUCAUUAGAAUGUAUUAAACGUGACCUUUUCCUGAUGCAUCUCUGCGCUCGGUAAUACAAUCAGGCAAAGGUGGAGAAAUACAUUAAGGUUUCGUUAUUGAUUCUAAAGUUAAAUCAUCGGAUGAGGGAAGUCACCUGUGCAGAAAAAAUAGAACUCUGCAGGUUGAAACAAACUGAAACAAACUUCAGAUCAGUGACUGCGUUCUUGUUUUUAAAGAUGCAGUUCAGCUCUACUUUAAAAAGGUCUACUGUGCAGACAAAGACUAUAAAAUCAAAAAAUGGCUGACCAAGUAACCACAUCCAUCAGCUGUGAUUACCCUAAGAGGAAAUGAUUUAGUUUGAGAUUAGUUUGUAAGAGUUACAUAUGUAACUACAGUUCUAUGAAUUCUGGAUGACUGUCACAGCUCUCUGUCACGACGAGAAGAUUCUGCCGGGAUGUCUCUCAUGAUGACGCAGGCUAUUUAAACAACGUCAUGAGUCAUCCCAGGUCACACAUGACAUUUGUUGAUAUUAAAUAUUCGACCUGAGUGUUCUUGUGACAGAUAGUAUCCAGUGUUAUGAACUGACUCUGGUGCAGACGUUUCUAUUUUAAAUUCGACAAAGAUUGUAAAGAUGCAACAAGAAGAAGAGCUCAGCAAAAUGUUUAAGAACUACAAAAACAAGAGGGAAGAAGAGAAACUGCUGCACACACUGAGAUGCUUCAGCUCACAGUGUGCAGAGAUUGAUUAUAAGACAAGAGGCAUCACUCCGACUUUUAUCUGAAAUAUCUGAAAUAUCUCAAAACUCCAUCCUCCCUCAUCCCGGUGCUUUUAAUGUUACAUCUGAUGUCUCCAAACAUCAGACCUGCACUUUAUGAUUUAUCCAUACAACACCCCCCCCUUACACACACACACACACACACACACACACACACACACACACACACACACACACACAGAGGGUGUAGAUCUUGGGAUCUCCUGACGCUGAAGUGCUCAGGGUUGUUAGGCGAGGCUCUCCCAAUGCUGGCACUAUAAAAAUACAAAUUAAAAAUAAUAAUUAUGAUAUGAAUAUUUAUUUGGGACAGUUUUGUACUGCCGUUCAAUUAGACAUGAGUGUGCCUUGAAUAAUGAUCUUCCUAUUUAUUGUCUCAGACAAAUGCAACACUUUUUAUGACGCAUCAGAUUUAAAAAAUAAAAAUAAAAAUGUAAAACUAUCGUAUUCUGACAUUUCAACAGAAUGGUUUCAAUUAAUGCUGAGUUUAGGUUUAGGAGCAGCCAGCACAAUCUCAAUGUGUCUGUGUGUGUGUGUAUAUAUAUGUAUGCAUAUGUACAUAUAAAGGCACAAACCUAUUUAUAGAUAAACUUUAUGAGAAUCCUCCCUCAGAAGGAGCCGAGUCAGUCCCAAAACGCAGAGGACGAAGAGCCACACAAAAUGUCCCCGAAGAGACACAAAUCAGGAAACUCAGAAAAAGGAUGUAGUGCAUUCUGUCUUUAAUAAGUUUACAGUAUUGAAACAAGUACAAGGGUAAAAUAAUAUGUGUGUGUAUGUGUGUUUGAAACAAGCAAGUAUUUUUUUCAGGUUUGCUUCUAAAGUUUCUCUGACGUGUAAAUCUUUUUCCUUUCGUUCUUUUUGGUGACGGGGUUUUAGUAUAUAUAAAUAUAUAUGAAUAUAUAUGACAUUUCUCUUGUUUACUGUAAAGUAUACCAGUAUUUGUAAUAUUGGAGAAUGCCUGGGCAUUUUACUAAACUAGAAAAAAAGGUUGUUUUUUUUAUCUUUAUUUUUUUUUUUUUUGCAGUUUUAAACUUGUGGGUCUCUGAAGCUGUUUUUUGUCACUGUAACUGUAAAAGUCUUCAGUUUUAGUAACUUUGAUUCUGCCUUGGGUGUGAUGAAAUCAAAAAUAAAACAAUUUUAAAAACGA